AUUCGGUACAUUUGGAAUUCUUCCCUCGACUGUACGCUUACCGCGCAUACCACACGCUGAGUUGCCGCUUGACCGAGUCCAUGGGACAGGCAUCAGCACCAUAUAUGAUGAUACACUCAUAUCCAGCGGAUUUUAAACCAGUCGGCAACACGAGAGUCAAUUAACAUGGAGUUCGUAUUUUACGAAUCCCCGACUCAGUUGUAUAUACACCAAAUCCCGCAAGAUCCUGACGGUUUCCAAUUUGUAUGCGCCUCGGAUGGAUAUCCCCAAUCACCCACCAAUGUGACCUGGACCAUUCUGGUCGGGAAUGAGUUUGCAUUCAAAGUGGAUGGGGACGUGCUAUCACUGACGCAAUUCGCUCUGUACGGUGACUAUCACAUCCGUUGCGAUGCGACCGUUGACUAUCCGGAUCAGCAAUUCAAUCUAUCCACCGAGCUGACAUUUCAUCACUCAUGUGAGUUGACCUCUCAUUUUGGAUGUUACAUGUCACACGGAUCGUGGAACCCGUUAGCAUGUUCGUUCUGCUAG